AUGGCUUCUCUCGUCCUAACCUCUACUUCCUUUUGUCCCUCCUUUCGAACUCCAGGAGACGCAAAACCUACGAAAGGCAUACGUAAAUCAAAUAUUGCAUGCAAAAUCACGUCUGAUCAGACUGACCAGCAAAGUUCUUCAACAAGUAGUCCUCGAAAAUAUGAUAGGAGAGACGUGCUACUUGGUCUCGGCGGCCUAUACGGCAUGGCGGGGCUGAGCACCGUAAAUGGCCCAUUGGCCUCCGCUGCACCGAUUCAGGCACCGGACUUAUCAAAAUGUCACUUGCCGGAUGAUGUGCCUCCUACUGUCCAUGUCGAAUGUUGCCCACCAGUGGCCCCAAAGAUCAUAGACUACACGCCACCAGCGCACAUCCCAUCCAAACUACGUGUUAGGCUCCCAGCGCAUACGCUCGACAAAGAAUACAUUGACAAGUACAACAUAGCCAUGGAGCGCAUGAGAGCUCUCCCCGACGACGACCCGCGAAGCUUCACGCAACAAGCUAUGGUCCACUGCGCCUAUUGCAACGGCGCGUACGACCAGAUUGGAUUUCCGGACAUCAACAUCCAAGUGCACAACUGUUGGCUCUUCCUUCCCUUCCAUCGCUGGCAACUCUACUUCUACGAGAGAAUCCUAGGCAGCCUCAUCAACGACCCAACCUUUGCCUUGCCCUUCUGGAACUGGGACCACCCUGAAGGCAUGCGAAUGCCCGACAUAUUCGCCGACCCAACCUCGUCGCUUUACGACGAGAACCGAAACCCUAAUCACCAGCCUCCGGUUGUUGUUGAUCUCGACUACACAAAAGGCGCUGAUGAUCCAACGAUCGAUGACAAGCAACAGAUUAUCCACAACCUCAGCAUCAUGUACCGUCAGGUGGUGACCCCCAAAACUGCGGAGCUGUUCUUCGGCCUGCCUUAUCGUGCCGGUGACCAGCCUAACCCAGGAAUGGGCGCCUUGGAGAGAAUGCCCCACAACAAUCUUCAUAUAUGGGGCGGCAAUCCAAAUAACCCUAACAAUGAAGAUUUGGGACACUUCUACUCAUCUGGUCGGGACCCACUGUUUUACUCUCUCCACGCCAACGUUGACCGGAUAUGGAACAUAUGGAAGACACUGCCGGGCGACAAGAGAACGGAUUUUUCCGACUCCGAUUGGCUCGAAACUUCGUUCGUGUUCUACGACGAGAAAAAACAACUCGUACGCGUGAAGGUGAAAGAUGCAGUUGACACUAGAUUGCUCGGUUAUACAUAUGAGAAACGCCCUCUUCCUUGGCUAAAUUGCAAGCCAGAAUCUAGGAAGGCGAAAGUGACAACAACAGCUAGUAACAUCCUUGUCCCCUCAGCGCGUGCGGUUGAGAAAAAGGUUACAACGCCGCUGACUGCUUUCCCGUUGAUGUUGGACAAUCCGAUAAGCACGGUGGUGCCGAGACCGAAGAAGAGGAGGAGCAAGAAGGAGAAGGAUGAUGCAGAGGAAGUACUGAUAAUUAAAGGUGUUGAGUUCGAAGAGACUUUGUCGGUCAGCUUUGCCGUGUACGUGAAUGACGAGGAUCAGACUGAAACGAUCCGUCCAGACAACUCCGAGUUCGCCGGGAGCUUCACGAGCGUACCGAGUGGCAAAAAGGAUAGCCAUGAGAAGACGAAAACCGACGUAUUGUUCGCGAUAACGGAGUUGUUGGAGGAUUUGGAUGCUGAAGACGAUGACACUGUGGUAGUGACUUUGGUGCCAAGGAAUGAGGUUGGAAAAGUGAAGAUCGAUGGGAUCAAGAUUGAGUUGCGUUCUUAA